UGUGAUUGGAGGGCGGCGCUGAGCUUGGUGCGGGGCCAUGGCGUACCUGGCCUUGCUGCAGGAGUACCGGCAGAUUCCGGUGGUAACGCGAGCCUACACAACCGCCUGCGUGCUGACUACUGCGGCCGUGCAACUGGAGUUCAUUACCCCUUUUCAGCUGUACUUCAACCCCGAUCUAAUCAUCAAGAGGUAUCAAGUUUGGAGACUGCUGACCAAUUUUCUUUUUUUUGGCCCCCUGGGAUUUAGCUUUCUGUUCAAUAUGGUCUUUCUAUACAGGUAUUGUCGAAUGCUGGAAGAAGGAUCGUUCAGGGGAAGAACGGCCGAUUUUCUACUUAUGUUUAUUUUUGGAGGAUUUUUAAUGACUCUGUUUGGAAUUUUUGCCAGUUUGUUUUUCCUGGGUCAAGCUUUCACCAUCAUGCUGGUUUACGUUUGGAGCAGGAGGAACCCGUUUGUACGAAUGAAUUUUUUUGGGCUCUUGAACUUCCGCGCGCCCUUCUUGCCCUGGGUGUUGAUGGGAUUCUCACUGCUUCUGGGAAACUCUGUCAUCGUUGACUUGUUGGGGAUUGUGGUCGGUCAUGUAUAUUACUUUCUGGAAGACGUAUUCCCAAAUCAGCCAGGAGGAGUGAAGCUGUUAGUGACUCCAAGCUUUCUGUCUUUGACAAGUUGCUGCAUAUGUGGCUGGUUAACAAGAUAAGCAAUAAAAAAAAACUCCACUUCUUUAUCAAUAGAAGAAAAUAUGUCCUCGUACCUCGACUUCAUUAUAUCUCCAUUGGUUCAGUCCCUUCCCACCUACAUCCAUGACACUUGUCAGGCUCUCAGUCUCCUCACUAGCUUUCAAUUCCCCGGCCCUAACCGCCUCAUUUUCACCAUGGAAGCCAAGUCCCUAUAUACUUCUAUCUCCCAUCAGGAAGGCCUUGAAGCUCUUAGCUUCUUCUCAACAAAAGAACCAGCGACUUCCCCUCCACCACCACCCUCUUUUGUCUGGCAGAACUGGUCCUCAACAUCAGCUUCGGUUCCUUCCACUUACUGCAGACUCAAACGGAAGCCAUGGGCAACCAAAUGGGCCCCACAAUGCCUGCCUUUUCAUUGGCUAUGUGGAAGAGUCCAUGUUCCAACCUUUCCCAGGUAAUACUUCCCACUUCUUUCCUCCAAUACAUUGAUGACUGCAUUGGUGAUGAGUUCAUCAGUUUCAUCAACUCUGCCUCCAAUUUCCAUCCUGCCCAUUUCUGAACCCUCCCUCCCCUUCCUUGAUCUCUCCAUCUCUAUCUCCUGAGACAAACUUCAACUGAGAUCUUUUAUAAAUCUACUGAUUCCCAGUUAUCUUGACUAUAUCUCUUCUCACCCUCCCUCCUGUAAAAAACACUAUUCCCUUAUUCAUGAUCAUCCAUCUUCCCGCCAUCUAAAAGUGAGAGUUUCUCUUGUCCUUACCUACCAGCCGUAAGCCUUCACAUCAUUCUCUACAAAUUACGCAUUCUCGAAAGGGAUCCUACCACUCCAUAUCUUUACCUUCCCCCAUCCCGCUUUCCACAGGCAUCGCUUCCUUUGUGAUUCUCUUAUCUAUUUUCCCUCCGAGCACUUAUCCCUGCCAGUGGCCAAGGUGCUACAGCUGUCUGUUCACCUCCUCUCAGGGCACUAAAAAGUCCUUCCAGGUGAGGCAACACUUGACCUGCGAAUCUGCAGGGCUCACCUGUUCUGUCUGGUGCUCCUCUACAUUGGUGAGAUGGUAAGACCCAUCGUAAAUUGGGGGACCAUUUCAUCGAGCACCUCCGCUCCUCCGUCAAAAGCAGAACUUCCCGAUGACAAAAAAAUUUAAUUCUGAUUCCCAUUCGCAUUCUGACAUGCUGGUCCAUGGCCUCCUCUUGUGCCUCAAUGAGGCCACUCUCAGGGUGGAGGAGCAACACCUUACAUUCUGUCUGAGCAGCCCUCCAACCAGACAGCAUGAUUUCUCCUUCUGGUGAAAAUCCCCCUCCCUCUUUUUCUGUUCCCCACUCUAGCCUCUUACCUCUUCUCACUUGCCUAUCACCUUCCUCUGGGUCCAUUCCUCCUUCCUUCUCUCCUAUCAGAUUCUUUCCUCUCCACCCUCUACCCUUCAAUCCAACUAUCACAUUCUAGCUAUUCUCCCUCCCCUCCUCACCUUUUUAUUCUGGCAUCUUCCUACUUCUGCAGGACUUGAUGGCAUCUCAGGGCAGGUACUCAGGAUGUGCACAGCACAACCGGCAGGUGUGUUUCCCGUCAUUUUUAAUCUCUCCCUCUCCCAAAGUAGAGUGCCCUCCUGCUUCAAAUCAUCCACCAUUGUCCCUGUUGCUAAAAAGACCAAGGUAACAUGCCUGAACAACUGGUAUCCUGUCAAACUCACCUCAAUAAUAAGCAAGCGCUUUGAGAGGCUGGUCAAGGAUUACAUCUGCAGCUUGCUCCCACCCACACUGAACCCCCUACAACUCGCCGAUCGAAAGAUGACGCAACAGCCACAGCUCUACACAUCUCCUUACACACCUGGAGAAGAAGGAUGCUCGUGUGAGAAUGCUGUUCUUAGUCUGCAGUUCAGCAUUCGACACCAUAGUUCCCUCCAGGCUUGACAGGAAGCUCAGAGACGUCAGCCUUGGCCCUGCCUUGCGCAGCUGGUACCUGGACUCCCUGUCCGAUCACUGGCAGGUGAAAAGAGUGAGCUCCCUCACUUCUGCCCCUCUGACCCUCAACACAGGUGCCCCUCAGGGCUGUGUCCUAAGCCCCCUCCUUUACUCUCUGUAUACCCAUGACUGUGUCAACACCCACAGCUCCAAUCUGCUAAUUAAAUUUACUGACAACGCUACACUGAUUGGCCUAAUUUUAAAUAAUAGCGAGGCAGCCUACAGAGAAGUCAUCACCCUGACACAGUGGUGUCAAGGUAACAACCUCUCCCUCAACGCCGCAAAAACAAAAGAGCUGGUUGUGGACUACAGGAGGAAUGAAGAAAGGCUAGCCCCUAUUGGCAUCAAUGGAUAUGGGGUUGAGAGGGUGAACAGCUUUAAGUGCCUCGGUAUACACAUCACCGAGGAUCUCACGUGGUCUGUACAUACCGGUUAUGUGAUGAAAAAGGCACAACAGCGCCUCUUCCACCUCAGGCAGUUGAAGAAGUUUGGUAUGGGCCCCCAAAUCCCAAGAGCUCUCUACAGGGGCACAAUUAAGAGCAUCCUGACUGACUGCAUCCUUGCCUGGAAAGGGAAUUGUACUUCCCUCAAUCGCAGGACUCUGCAGAGAGUAGUACGGACAGCCCAGCACAUCUGGAGAUGUGAACUUUCCACUAUUCAGGACGUUUACAAAGGCAGGUGUGUAAAGAAGGACACGAAGGAUCAUUGGGUCCCGAACCACCCCAACCACAAACUGUUCCAGCUGCUACCAACCGGGAAACAGUACCACACCAUAACAGUCAGGACCAACAGGAUCCCAGAAAGCUUCUUCCACUGGGCCAUCAAAUUGACUAAUUCAUGCUGAUACAAUUGUAUUUCUAUGUAAUAUUGACUCUCCUGUUGUACACACUACUUAUUAUAAAUUACUAUAAAUUGCUCAUUUAGGCAGAGACAUAAUGUGAAGAUUUUUACUCCUCAUAUAUAUGAAGAAUAUAAGAAAUAAAGUCAAUUCAAUUCAAUUCCUUUCCAGUCCUGAAGAAGGAUCUUGGCCCAAAAUAUUGACUGUUUAUUUAUUUCCAUAGAUGCUGCCUGACCUGCAGAGUUCCUCCAGCAUUUUGUGUGUGUUGCUUUGGAUUUCCAGCAUCUGCAGAAUUUCUCAUGUUUAUAACAAGAUAAGAGCCAAAACCAUUACAGGAACGAUACAAGGGAGGAUAGAAGAUUGGCUAGCUGGCAGGAGGCAAAGAGUGGGAAUAAAAGGGGACCUUUUCUGGUUGGCGGCUGAAGUUCUUCAGGGGUCGGUGUGAACACUGCUUCACUUCACAUUAUAUGUUAAUGUUUGGAUGACGGAAUUGAUAGCUUUGUGUGUGGCCAAGUUUGCAGAUGAUACAAUGAGUGUAACAUGCUAAUGGUUUCACUGCUAAUGUAAUGGCCUCUCUGUAAUGUUUCAUUGCUGAGGCUAAGGUAGCAGCAAUGUUUGGGUUAUGACUAGAGAUAACAGGGUAUUAGCCAAUGAGUUGUUCUUCCUUGUGUGUCUGGGAGAGGGAUUUUGCAGUCUUUUGUCAGGGAGCAAUGAAGAGAGAGGAUGCGAAUGGAGAGAGUUGGUAGAUCGCCGGAAGAAGUGGACUGAGGAGUGAGGGUCGGCUACACUCAGAGGUCGACGGGAACAAAUGGAUGACACUGUGAGCUCCAACGUUUGCACAUAAGACUGUUUCAUGAGAAUGGGUCCUUUUCUCUUGUUUCUUUACUAACCGUAUAGUAAAAUUAAGAAUUAUAAAGCUCAAUCGUUUAAUCGCA